GUGCUAUACUUGUGCCUCACUUGAAUACGAACACCUCUACAAAAAGUUUCAAUCAUUUCGACAUUCCAUGAAGCGUCCACUGUUUGGCAGUUUCUGUGACAAUGCUAACGAACUUCAACGGUUAGCACCAUCGCUUAGAUGUCGUACCACCUGUGUAACGUUGAUGGAACCACAGUAUUUUGGUGAUAUAUACUUUUAUACCUAUAUAAUCUAAAA